AUAUUAAAGAAAUCGAGGUGAACAAUCAACUCGUGGAAAAAGAAAAAGAAAAAAAAAAAACGUAAGUGUGCGAAGAAGAAACGAUCUUUGAUGAAAAGAAUAAUAAUCUUUAAUUGGCCGGAGUCUUUAACAAACAAUCAAAAAUUAUAAAUUGAUUAACCAUCCCCAACGAUGGACAUUGUUUGCCAAAAGAAAAAUCGACUAUAACCUGCAUCACGAACCACGUUUACUCCUUUUUCCUAAUAUUAAUUCGAAAAAUAUUGCGAUCAGAAGAGUAUUGAUCUCUACAGACGAGACCCCUUUCAAUAUUUUUUUAACGUGGAAUGUUAACGUGCUGAAAAGAAAAGAGGAAAAUUAAGAACACACACACAGAGAGAGAGAAAUAACAGGAACCUGAAAGAAUACUAUACCAGAAAAACAAAGGAAAAUACAAUUAAAGAGGAAUAAAAACGAUUCCCCAAAAAAGAAGGAAAAGAAGAAGAAAAUUGAAAUGGUGCAAGCGUGACGAGACAAGUGAAACAAAGCGUAAUAUUUACAUACCAAUCUUAUGAGAAUGAAGAAUGAGUUGAACGAUGCAUAGAUAUACAAGUGGAACGUGAUACCUCGAUCAUUCAAUUCGAACCAAGCUCAACUUCAUUAACACCAAACUAACAAAAAAAAAAAAACAAAAACAAAAACGAAAAAAAAACAAAAAAUGAUGUAAACGAAUUUAUAGAAGGAGAAAAAACUAGAAAAUCAACGAAACACUGGCCAUCUAUACCGGAGGACAACCAAUCAACAAAUACACGAUUCUCCCUAAAAAAAAAAAAAUCACAAAAAAAAGACAGGUGAAACAAAACGUAGUACAUACCAAACUUGCGAGGACAAAAAGUGAAUUGAAUAGACAAAGACAAAAGAAACAUGUGAUGUGACUCCAAUAGCUCGCUCGCUCAUCCUAAACCAAGGUCGAAUUCAUUAAAACUGAACGAAAAGCAAAAAAAUCAAGUAAAAAAAAAAAAAAAAGAAAGCGAACAAACUUACAGAGACAGAGAAAAAGAGAAGAAAACUGAACUGAUUGAUACACAGAACAAACAGAUAAAAGUGUACCCCCCGAAAAUUCCCCUCCCUCCUCUUGCAAAAAAAAAAAAGAAAAAGAAAGGAUCAAACUCGAGGCAGGUGGAAGAGUGCGAAGCAACCCUUAUGGAGCAGCGGUAGAGAGUGAGUCGAAUCGGAGAUAAAACAGAGACAAGAGGAGAAGAGAGAGGAUAUAAUGGUGGCGCAUGCUCCCCCUAGUUGUGCACGUAUUGUAGAGCAGGCAGUUGCCCUCGUCGGCUCCAGGUACACGCGAAAAUCCAUAUCGACGCCGUGUACCGUCUCCUACGGCCGUUGAUAGAGGCCACGGACAGAAGCACGGUCGCCGCGCGGUUCACCGUCGCGACGCAGCUUCCUCGAGACUUACGCGCCGAUCCUACACCCGGAGGUGUUGUAGGCUCUUACACCGCUUCGAGCACGUGCCACUGCCAGUCGCGUGUCACUGCUCGCAGGCGGACCAACGCGGGGCGGAUCUCUCCGUCAGAAAGGGAAAGGGUUUCAUCUCUUCAAACGAGACGAUGUGACUUUUGCGAAUGUAAUCAUUUCUUCUUUCGUUCUUUGACGAAGAUUAUUUAAGGCAAGUUGUUUUUGAAAGGGAGCAACGUUUCGUGGGUGUGCUCGAGAAUUUUAUCAAAAGUUUAUUACCGAGCAUUAUGAAGAGGGAUUUGGAUGCAGUUGAAAAAGGGACACGUGUUUUCAACCUCGCGCACAUGUAUCCAAGGAAGAGAUGUUUAGGAACAAUUCGGAAGAAGUGAAUGGACACGUUUUGUACGUUCAUCUGUUAUGUUCUAUUAUAAUAUAUAAAUAGUAUAUGUAUCGAGUUACUUGGUUUUGAAGGGAAGAAAAAAGGAUAUUAUUAAAGAAGAAUAAUCGAAGAAAGUUAUCGACGAGUAUAUAAGUUCGUGACAGAUGUAUCGAUAAAUACGAGUUUUAAUUACGAGAAUAUUAUUUAUUAAUAUUAUGUAUAAUUAUUCUCGAUGACAAGAGAUAAUUAGAUAAAUUUUUCAUAAAGGAUUCGAAGGAGGAUCCUUUCAUUUCUAAAGAAGUUCGAACUGCAACAUUAUCGAUAUGAAACCCCUGUGAAAAAUAAAAUUUCAAAGGACGUUACAUUAAAAAAUUGGAAACAAACACGACUCGAACACUUACUUAGAUAGAAACAUAAAUAAGUAACAGAGUUUUGAAAGAUCGGUUCUAAACGUCAUCCAUUGAAAGUUCACCGUGAUGGAGGAAUAGCAUUUUAAAGAAGACGUGCAUCGACUUGUUCCAUCGGGGCCGAUAAACGUAGAAAGUUUAAGGGCCGUCUUAAGAAAGAAGAAAAGCCAAAGAUUCGAGAGAGAUCCUUGGAGAAUUUCAAAAGAGCAAAGUUCCUCGGAAGUUUUCUAACGGUAGAAAAACAAACGGAAGAAACUACACAAGAUGUAAAUUUAUACAAAUUUCUAAGUGAUUUUCAUCGACCGUUCAUCGUAAAAAUAUUCGAAAGACACGAUCGACAGGGCAAAAUGGACGAAGUUUCGGAACUCGUUUGCGAAGCUCUAUCGACUAUUGAUUACAAGGGACUCUGAACUUCUCGUUCGGCUCGAGGGGUCGUUCCUCCUUACGUCGAGUCGAAAUCAGGGGGCGGGCGGCGGUGCAAGCGUUGCAACCAAGCUCUCGAGCCCUCCUCUUUUUUCUCCAUUACACGGCCUCUCGAUCGAAACGCCAGUAUCGGUUCUCCAUACCGAACUCGACGUACGCCCUUUUGUUCGUGGCUUCCCACGCGAUCCUUGCCGCGUUAUGCCGACGCAAGAACAAUAGAGGGAUGAAGAUCACGUUCAACGCUCGAUCCACCGAUGACAGGCGUCGGUAAUUCGAUCUCGAGCGGUUUGUCUAAUAGCUGUCGAGUGCCACUUUCCAACGGAUCGGAUCCGACCGUUUCUCCAAUUCGAUUCAUCUUUCGAUCUGGAAUGAAAAGACGGUACAUGCAUAUCGAAGAAACCUCUGGAAGGGCGUUAACGAAGGACAAUUCUAUUUCUAGAAAAAGGGAGAGGAUUAUUUUCUUACCAAUGUAAUCAUCGAGUGACUAAAAAAACUGUGAUUCAGUGGGGCAACCAGAUGAACGCUUAGAAAACGCGCAGAGGAAAUUGUUGAGUCUCUCUGUAAACUUUCUCUCUGUGGCGUAAGGAUAUAUUUCGAAGGGAUAUCCUGUACACGGGAUAUCUCCUCUCCUGCUUUGACGAAGGAAUUCAAUGAACUCCGAAUCCGAUGAAAUCGAUCCCCGAUUUCCAACUAUUUGUAAAAUAAUCCCGCGAAAACUUUGCUCCAUUCGGUGACGUAAAUCGAAGUAGAAGAGACGUGUAUAUAUAUAGUAAUAAUGUAUAAUAAUGUAAAAUUCGAUAAGCCGUUAUUGUCACGUUUCGAUACGAAUCGCGCGUGUAAAGAUUAAACGUUGUUGUUCAAGGAUUAAACAUUUCUCCUCCCCUCUUGUCCCUAUAUUUGCCUGGUUUGCGGCAACCGAGCGCUCCGGAAAGGAAUCCUCGAGGAUUAACCCUCCUUUAAUGGCCCAAGGAUCUUGGAGGAUCAACGAGGCAUUAGUCGUGGAAUCGACCAGCGGUCGAUCGACGAAAAUAUCUUUCCCGAGGAGAGCAACGAGCGAAACGAUUGAGCGUCGAUCAGUGGAAAAAAAUAGAGUGCCUCUAUCGAGGAGAGCGCGUCUUCCUCCAAGGAAUUAAGUUUUCUCUUAAUCGAUCAGAGAUAUCCACGAGAUCGACAUCCGGCACGCGAGAUUACAUUUCGCAAUUGGAAACGCGAAAUCGUGAGUCCGAUCUUUCUUUUGACGCAUUCAUGAUCGUGACAACGAUACGAGGAAUAUAUUAAGAUUGGAAAGAAAAUGUAAACGAAUGGUAUACUUGAAAAUUUUCCUCGAAUAAUAUUGGAAAUAUUAGAACAUUUCGUGGAGAAAAAUUCGAAAAACGUAAGUCAAUAAGGAGCCGUGUCAGGCGAUAAACAUAAAUUCUUCUUCGAUUUCUUCCUUCUUCUUAUCUUUCGAAAAAACGAACGAACGAGAACGGAGAAGCGAAACGUUUCAGUUCGCGAUUAGGAAGGAAGCAUGAGCUGGGAACCGAGCAAUGAGACUGUUCUCGACAACGGUAAUUACGUGCUGAACACGUUGCAUUAUAUCAACAAAUUGAACGAGUCUGUGAACCCAGAGGCGAUCGAGUGUCUGGAACGUAAGCAUCAGGAGGAGUUGCAAAAGUUGUCAUUGGGGAUACUGAAGGAGGAUCAACAGGGGUGUGAGAUCAGUUGGGACUCUUUAUUGUGCUGGCCUAGGACACCUCCUGGAACAUUGGUCACGCUACCCUGUUUCGAUGAAUUGAAUGGAAUCCGCUACGACAGCACCCAGAACGCGAGUCGUUGGUGCAGGAUAGACGGUAUCUGGAGCAAUUAUAGCAACUAUAGCCUCUGUCGAAAUCUUCGCGAGCCAGCGAUCGAGGGUGGUGCAGAGGUUAUCUCGACGACUAUAUAUUUCGUCGGUUAUAGCAUUUCGUUGAUCACCCUGAUCAUCGCUGUCUCCAUUUUUCUCUAUUGCAAGGAACUCAGGUGCAUUAGGAACAAUAUACACACUAACUUGAUGUUCACCUACAUCCUCGCAGACUUUAUGUGGAUUCUAAACAACGUGAUGCAGGUCUCGAUGCAACCCGACGUACCGACUUGCGUCGCUUUCCUGUCACUGUUUCAUUAUUUCCAACUGACCAAUUACUUCUGGAUGUUCGUCGAAGGUCUCUAUCUAUAUCUGUUGGUCGUAAAGACUUUCACGGGCGACAAUAUCAAGUUGAGGCUGUGUCUUAUUAUAGGCUGGGGUAUACCGAUUCUGUUUAUCACCAUGUGGUGCAUCGCCAAAUCACUGGACCAGAGCGCAACGAGUCAGGAUGUUGCGCUAGGCAAACAUUGUCCCUGGAUGGUAUCGCAUGCUUAUGACUGGUUUUACCAAGCCCCGGCUAUUUUGGUUCUUUGCGUGAACGUGGUGUUCCUCUUUAUGAUAAUGUGGGUGCUGAUAACGAAGCUCUGGUCCGCGACGAACGUGGAAACUCAGCAAUACAGGAAAGCGAGCAAAGCAUUGCUGGUUCUGAUACCACUCCUCGGAGUGACUUACGUCCUGGUGUUAACAGGACCGACCGAGGGUCAGGUUGCUAAUGCAUUCUCCUACGCUCGAGCCGUGUUACUUUCUUCCCAGGGACUGUUCGUCGCAUUGUUUUACUGUUUCCUGAAUACCGAGGUACGAAACACGGUGAAAAGCCACAUCGAACGUUGGACCACAGCCCGCGAUCUGGACACAGAAAGAAGGUAUUAUAACAAUUGGUCUCCCCGUUCAAGAACAGAGAGUAUAAGAUUGUACUGUCCGCCAUCGAAUCCAUACAGAAAAAGGGACUCGUCUGUAAGCGAGACGACGACCACAACCGUUGUUGGAUUAAACUCGACGACCACAUUUCUAGAUAAAUCGAAGAAGGCGAUCUCGGAGGAUAUGAACGAGUAGGAAUGAUUUUGAUUAAAGGAAUUUCGUCGAAGAAUCGAUUAAUCGUCGAAAAAUAUUUCAAGCUGCAUGCACUUGAAAAAGAGAUACUCGAAAACUAAAUCAACAUCUAAAAGAAUAUCUCUAUUUUAUUUCUUUAUUUCGUAUAAACCGUUGACUCUUUUUUUAAUCUGAUAUUUGGAGAGUGAAAUGCCUAUCUGAUAAGAUGGGAAAUAGUUGUUUAUUAUUUAAAAAAAUAUGUUUACGAAUUUUUCAUAGUUAUAGGGAGGAAUAUGGAUUAGAAAGUGAAUUAAUUAUUGUGAAUGUUAUAAGCGAUGAAAGCAAGAGGGAAUAGUAACUGAAGGAGAAAAAGAUUGAAACGUAUAUAUCUUGUUAAAGAAUUGUUUAUGAAAGAAUCGAAAGAAAAACGUGAAAAUAUUUAUUUAUUAAUUUACUAUAGCUUAUGCUAUAUGUACGUGCCUUUUUGAUAUUUUCAUUUUCUCUCAUUUUCAGUUAGAACUAAUUUUUACUAGAUUCUUGAAUCAUUUUUUUUGUUUUACAUACAAUCACAUUUAAUUUACAAAUAUUUUAUGAUAUAAAUUGAUUGUGAAUUGAUGAGUACAUUAUAUAUAUAUAUAUAUACAUAUAUAUACAUAUAUACAUAUAUAUAUAUAUAUUUGUUUUCUUCAUUUUCGCAAUAAAUUAAUAAAACAAUAUAGAUUUAAUUUCAUUCAUAUGUAAAAAUAUCCGAAAACAAAUGCAAUAAAACGAUACUUCAAAUGAAGUGAUCAAUUCUUUUAACCUUUUCGUUGAUUUUAGUUUUACAAUCAAUCCUUUCUUUCAUAAUAUAUUUAUAUAUACAUAUAUAUUUAUAGGAUUACCAAUAAUUAAUUAACUUUACAAUCUGUAUCUCCCUAAAAAAUACUUGUAUCAAAACAUUUAAUAUAAAAUAUAAAAUUGCUUCUUUUUUGUGAGAUAACAAACCAUCUAAAAAAUGUUUAAUCCCUUUGAUUUCUGUUAAAAUACAAAUGAAAAAAAAUGCUUAAUAAAUCUUUGAAAUAAAAAUAUUAAAUUUAUCUCUAAUUCUUUAAAUUGAAUUAAAAAUUAAAAUAAAACAGAAAAAUAAAUAGACGAACGAAAAUAAAAGUAUUUUUCGAAUUUUUAGUGAUGCAAGGGGUGAAU